AUUGCCAUCCCGCAAGAACGUGGAUGUAAACAAAGAGCUGUCACUAGUAUGGUCUUCCACCGGUGUUUGUGAUUUACAUAUAAUUUAGGAGAAACAUAUUAAAAAAACUAUGCUUUGAAAUGAAUUGUCGAGGUAUUUUGCGAAGCAGAUAUCUCGUAAACAGCUUCUGUCGUUACAGAACACUGUCAACCAGUAUUGCGCCUACUGCGAAACAAAAAUGGAGAGCUGGAAGGACUGUGCUUGGAGCGUGCAGUGGAUUACUUCUGGGCUCGGUGAUUUACGAUGGUGUUUCGUGCGAGCUUGAAAAUGUUCAGGGAGCACAACGUUUUCUAAGAUCUCUGGGUAUUGGUAUCAGUAUUUCCGUUGAUUAUGCCUGGAGCUUAUGGGGGUUGUCCGAAACAGACACGGACUAUUCGGAUGUUAUCGCUAAAGUUCAUCAAAGGUCGGCUAAUAAGCUGCUGCGGGGUUGUCUAUCGAAUGGUGGGCUGUACAUAAAAAUUGGCCAAGGCGUUGCUGCUCUGAAUCAUAUCAUUCCAAAGGAGUAUGUUGAAACAUUAAAGAUUCUAGAGGACAAAUGUCUAACUCGGAAGCCUGAUGAAGUUCGAACAUUGUUCAAGGACGACUUUGGCAAGGCUCCGGAAGAAAUUUUUCAAGUUUUUGAGUAUGAACCCAUUGCAGCUGCCAGUUUGGCACAAGUUUUUAUAGGUGAAACGAAAUUCGGUCAAAAAGUUGCUAUUAAAGUCCAGUAUGCGGAUCUUAGGAAACGCUUCGACGGUGACUUGCGAACUAUACUGUUCCUGCAAGAUUUAAUGGCCUUAAUUCAUAAAAAUUACAAUUUCGGAUGGAUAAUUCGAGAUCUGCAAAAAACUCUGCGGGAAGAAUUGGAUUUUAUCCAUGAAGCGAAAAAUUCUGAAAGAUGCGCGGAAGACUUGAAACAACAUACCAAUGUCUACGUUCCUAAAGUGCUUUGGGAGUACACCAAUAAGCGUGUUUUAACAACAGAAUUUAUCGAUGGUUGUAAAAUAAGCGAUCUCGAUGGACUGCGAAAAAUGCAAGUAAAUAUAGCAGCAUUGGAUGUCGGUCUUUUUCGAGCAUUCGCAGAGCAAAUUUUCCGUAGUGGAUUCGUUCAUGCGGAUCCUCAUCCCGGUAACAUUUUCGUGCGUCGUGAUCCCGCAUCCGGUCGACCUCAGCUCGUUUUACUCGAUCAUGGUUUGUACGGUAUACUUACUCCAGAAAUACGUAACAAUCUGUGCCAGUUUUGGGAAGCGAUUGUUCUCAAAGAUCAUCGAUCAAUGGAAAAACAUGCUCGUGCUCUUAACGUAGCGGAUUAUCGAACGUUUGCAGAGAUUCUGCUGCAAAGACCACUUGAUCUAGGUGGAUCGAGAAUGUCGACCCGGCUUACGGAUGAAGAUCUAGCGUACAUGACCAAACAGGCAAAGGAACAUUUUGAUAAGGUGAUGCAGACGCUUAGAAGUAUGCCGAGACAUAUUAUCUUUGUUAUAAGAAAUCUGAACACCAUUCGAUCAAUUGCCAUGGAUCACGGUGAUUUGGUAGAUCGACCAAAGGUGAUGGCUCGUAGUGCUAUAAAUGCAUUAUUACAAAGCAACAGGAAUUUCUUCAAUGUUCUCUUUUUGACAUUCCGGCGCAUAAACUUCGAGUACCAACUAUGGAAACUAUCCUUUCAUUACUGGUUGGUGAGUAAUUAUUUGAAGUUAUUAACUCGGCUCGGCCGUGCUCCAGACACGUCACAUUUACUUAAGGUGCAUGUUGAUGUGUGAAUGAAAUCGUUUCUAUGUAUUGGUUAUAGCAGUAAAAGUGUAUUAUACUAGUAAAAAUUUAUGGAAUAAAUAAAGUAACUGUUUAUUUUUCAUAGACGUCUAA